AUGUCUCCUCGAGGAGCCCAGUGGGGUGUUGUCGACCCGGACUUGAAACUGAAGAAGGUACAUGGAGUCAGGGUUGUUGACUGCAGUGUCAUGCCGUACAUCAUCGCCGGCCAUACCAUGGCGCCAGCUUAUGCUAUCGCUGAGAGGGCUUCCGACCUUAUUCGGAAGGCCUGGUAG